UCCGUGAGGGGCUGGGGGCGGCCGGGGCUGCGCUGGAGUCCCGCGGCUCCCGGGAGGGAGAGAGGGAGGCCCUGGGCCUGGCCUGCUGCGCGGCCGGGGCUUCUCGUUACUGCGGCAGAGCUGAGAGCUUUGGUAUCUCUGUGUGCGCUCUGUGUACAGUGAGCCGUAGCGGCACCUUGGAGGCUGGCGCGAGAAAGGAAGCGCUAAGGUUGGAGAAGGCCUUUAAGAUCAUGAAGUCCAACCGCUUCUGUUUCCAGCCUCUCGUCAGGAGUUGUACAGAGCGAUGAGGACUCCCCGAACCACCUUUUUUCCAACCUGAGCCCCCCAGCUCGCUGAGCUGCUCCUCAUCAGACCUGUGACCCUUCUCUGGACAUGCUCUGGCACCUCAGUGUCUUGGAGAGAGGCCCCGAGCUGAACCCAGGAUUCGAGGCGCAAUCUCACCAGUGCUGGAAUAAGGGUUACUGCGUGCCCACAAACAUAGGGACAUCUUUUUCGCCAGUGCCACCUUCCUGUAAAAUUUCAAACCCUCCAUAGUUCAUGAAGUCUCAAAGCUGUUACGUUCUUUUAUUCUUCCAAGUGUACAUGGGGAGGCAGAGGACAGAGAGCCUUGUGCAUCCACAGAGCUCUGGCCAGCACAGGCAUCCAGCCAUCACUGGGCAUUGGAGGAGACACACAGGAGAAACAGUAUGGAUGUCCCAAGUGUGGAAAAAACCUUAUUAGAAUCUUUUCUUCCUGGACAAGAAAGAGGUAGAAGGACAAACCUUCCCAAAAAAACCAGUCACAUAGUGAAAGCAUGAAAUUCCUUCAAUCCCUUGUUCCCAAAAGAAUGUAGGUGGGAGUGUGCAGCUGCCACAAGAAAACUUACAUGACCUGCCUGCAGAAACUUUUAUAGCGGAAGUUUGAGAGUUGAUUUCCCAAGCAGUUCUCACUUUGUCCAGAAUAUGGGGUUUUUUUAAGAAAUAUGUGUAACUUAUGCAGUCUAAAUAUUUGUGGUUUGGGGUUUUUUUUAACAAACUCAGAAUAAAUUUCCUUUAAUCUCAGGGAUAACCUGCCUAGCUGUCUGUUGUACAUAGUGAGCCAUCAACAAGCUUUGCUUAGAGUCUGUUAUGUGACAGUCACAAAGCAAAUAAGAAUGGUUGGUUUCAUUUUUAACUUGCUGAGAGAAGACCUUCUUUUUCUCAGCAUACAGAUUUUAUCUGUGUGUCUUAAAAAUGUACACUGUUGGAUCACCAUGGGAAGUAGACAGCUCUGCACACACAGGAUUUACCCCAGGGAAUUGUGGUAAUUAUUUUUUUACUCCCUGUGUGGAAAAAAGCAGUUUUCCUCACUUGCACAACUUCUUUGGCUAUGAAGACCAAUUUUUCAGUGUUUUUUUUCUGUAUUUUGACAGCAUGUCCUAUAAACUGGUCACUAGUAUGUCUUGCAUGGAAGAUGGCCAGAGAUGUAAGAGAUUUUACUUGGGAACUGGCAGUAGUACUCUGACUUUGUGUAGAAAAGUCAAGUCUAUUUGUGUUUUACUAUGCAUGAGAGGCAUGAGUUCAUCUCUUGCUCAGUGAUGAAGAGGUCCCAAAUGACCAUGCACUUACUGCCCUGCAAAACAGUACAUGUGGGUUUUCAGCAUCCUGAGAGGAUUUGGAGAAAAACAGAGAACAUGGAGAAAAUGCAUGCCUUUUGCAAUAAAGCAAGAAUGGGAAUGUUUUUUCAUAGUCUUUGUUUUUGUUUUUUUCAGGUUUACACUAUCAACUUGGAAUCUCGCUACUUACUGAUACAAGGAGUUCCUGCAUUAGGUGUUAUGAAGGAGUUAGUUGAACAAUUUGCAUUAUAUGGUGCCAUUGAGGAAUAUCAUGCUUUAGAUGAAUAUCCAGCAGAGCAGUUUACUGAAGUGUACCUUAUAAAAUUCAAAAAACUGCAAUGUGCAAGGGUGGCCAAGAAAAAAAUGGAUGAACGAAGUUUCUUUGGUAGUUUGCUGCACGUGUGCUAUGCUCCAGAAUUUGAAACAGUCCAAGAAACUAGAGAGAAGUUGCAGGAUAGAAGAAAGUAUAUAGCAAAAGCAACAAAUCAAAGAGAUUGCUUUGUGUUAAAGAAAGUAGAAGGCCCCAAGAAGACAGCCUCAAAGAACUCUGAGCAUGACUGUUCAUGGAGUACAUCAGGAUCAAGUAUAGCCAGUAACUGGGAUUCAUCCUGCUUUACAAGUCAUCCUGGGGUAUCCCACAACACAGCAUAUCCAUCUGAGAAUCAGAAUCAGAGCCUGUUAACAUCUCCACACUAUGAUAACAAUUGUGCUGAAAUUUCUGGGUACUUUGGUCAAAACACAUCUUUAACUCCAAGUGUACAUCCAGGAGUGUACACUCCACCAGCUCCCUUAAUGCAGCAAAGAAUGGUUCCAGCUUGCAAUGGAAUUGACAGGUUUAUGCCUCGUACAACGCACCUACAAGAACGUAAGAGGAAGAGAGAAGAAGGUAACAAGUUUUCCCUCAUUGGAACAAGUGAGGACAAUACUGAAAUUGUUAUUGGUCCACAACUACCAGAAAUACCUAAAGUGGAUAUGGAUGAUGAGUCUUUGAAUACUUCGGCUACAUUAAUUCGAAAUAAGAUGAAAGAGGUAGCAUAUUCUGUUUCAACGUCUGUGGAAAAACCAGAGAGCAGCUCAGCCAAACCAGUUGUAAAGCAGAGAAGAAGAAUAUAGAUACUGCUGGCAGUAUCUUCUAACAGUCCUUUUGUAAAGAAUAUAUUUAAAAUAUGUAUUUUUUAAUGUAAAAAAUAAAACUUUCUUAUACUCUAUUUCCCAGUGA